CUGUGUCAAGAAAAGAAAAACCCCAACUUCCUUGUAUCGACUCACUACUCAAACAGAGAAAGCUUCGCAUCAGCCGCGACAGCUGCCGACAACCCGAGAGGAAUAAAAGACGCGUUUGGCACAUUUUAAUACACCGGUGUGACAUGCGUGGGCUUCACCCACUGAGAAGAGAUGAAUACUGAUGUUUUACUCUGCCCAGCUGUGCAGACGUGGAGUAAAACCCUCAUUUCAGAGCCACACCGCCCCACACACUCCCACACCUCUGCAUGGGCCUCUCCUUCACUGCUCCCACUUCGCGACUCUUGCCGUCCCUUCUGUGAGACCAUGUACCCAGGUGAACCUGACCCGAACAUGGACCCGCAGCUCUUGGAGUCCCAGCUGGACUUCUUCCACAAGCUGGGCUACUCCACGGCUCAGGUACAGGCUGUUCAGCAGAAGUUUGGCCCCAACAUGGACACGGAUAAAGUGCUGGGGGAGCUGGUUCGGAUCGGGCCCGUUCAGGAGGCCAAUCAGGGGCCGGUGACCACAAUGUCGGUGCUGGUGCCCAGAGGAGAAACCCAGCCAUCGGGCCCUACACUGCUGCUGCCUGUAGCUGGCACUUCUCCUCAGAGCAAAGAGGAGACUGGCGAGGAAGGAAAGACUCUGAGACCCGUCGUUAUAGACGGCAGCAAUGUGGCCAUGAGCCACGGCAACAAGGAAGUUUUCUCUUGUCUGGGAAUCCAGUUGGCUGUGAACUUCUUCCUGGACAGAGGCCACACUGAAAUCACUGUGUUUGUUCCCUCAUGGAGAAAGGAGCAGCCCAGGCCGGAUGUUCCCAUUACAGAUCAGCAAAUUCUGCGUGAGCUGGAGAGGAAAAGGAUUCUGGUGUUCACACCGUCGCGGCGCUAUGCAGGCAAACGGGUGGUCUGUAAUGACGACUGCUACAUUGUCAAGCACGCCUUUGAGUCUGACGGCAUCAUCGUGUCCAACGACAUGUACCGUGACCUUCAGGGAGAGAAGCCGGAGUGGAAGCGCUUCAUCGAAGAGAGGUUGCUCAUGUACUCCUUUGUUAAUAACAAAUUUAUGCCCCCCGAUGAUCCGCUCGGUCGACAUGGACCAACCCUGGAGAACUUCCUGCGGAGGGUUCCAAAGACUCAGAAAAAACAGCCGUGUCCUUAUGGGAAGAAAUGUACUUAUGGAAUCAAAUGUAAAUUCCACCAUCCCGAGCGAGCCAAACAGUCCAAUCGUGCUCUUGCAGACGAGCUUCGGGAGAGUGCUAAGCAGCCUACUGCUCCUCAGAAACAAUCUUCAGCUUGCUCCAGUCCUGUGCCUGGACUCAGCCUCCUGUUGGUGGAGGAUAUGGCGAAGAAACUGACUCUGGGAAACGAGAGCAGCUCCAUAAAAAAAGCUCAUAAAAAUGAAAAGCUAGCUCAGGUGAAGGCAAGUCACUGCUCCAGCAAGAAGGCCUCAUCAAAGAAGGAGAAGUCCAGCAAACAUGCGUCAUCUGAUCACAACUCGGUGCAGCACAGUCGCUCUCAGGAGCAGCUGGACUCUGGUUUAGGCUCCAUAGACAGCCAGCCGGUGGAAGCUCCUCGGAGUCUGAGUGAUCACCAGUUUGGGCUACCGUACAGCAGCUGUCAGCAGUACUGCCCUCCAAAAAGUGCCCCGUGCAGCUGCUGCUCACAUGGCACUCGCUCUUGUGGGAGUGCACCAGCUUUCCCAACACACAACAUCGGGCCAGUGAACAGCCACAGCGCUGAUAUGAUGCCCUACAGUCUGCCCCACUAUCCAAACUAUUGCGCUUACCCAGUCAGCAUGAAUCCGUACAGCCAGCCAACAAAUUUCCAGCGCAGCCAAACCCACAGCUUCCAGAGGCCACAAUGGUCCGAUCCAUUCUGCGGUCAACCGGCGGUGGUCCGCAGCCUCCCGGGAGAUCCCUCACACUGGGAGCCUCCUCCAAUGAAGCCAGGUCCCAGCAGGGAGGAGAGAGAGGUUAUACGGAAAAAGCUCCUCGCUAUCUUCAGCGCCCAGCUGGUGGAUACAGCCAUGGACAUGUUCCCUCAGAUGAUGGAUCCACAGAUGCUCGUGGUCGAAAUCCUCAAGUUGCAGAGUCAGCUGAGAUGAAACGAAUCCAGUCCGAGAACUCGUCUUUCAGUGGAAAGACUGAAGGUUAACAUGAGUUUGUGUGUUUUGUAUUGUGGUAUCCACCUUGAUUAAAAACUCUAUUUGAAUUCUUUGGAGUUGCCUCGCUGCAGUCUCACAUUAGAGGCAGGAUGCAGUUGAUACAAAUUGUAUCUUUAUUUAUAAAUUUUAGCACACAUGUGGCUUUUAAUGCUACUUAAUUGGAUUAACUGACACUCUUGAGGUCUACCUUUCAUAGAUACACUUACACAGUCAGAUUCAGUCACCAGUGUGUUGUGUGGAUGAGGAACACGUUCUCGAUAUUGAUGUCUUUUUUGGAAGAAGCUGACGUCGGAAAAUGACGAACAAGCUCGGAAAUGACCGCGAAGGUCGCCUUGUGUGUGUCUCAACAGUAUUUAAGAACCGGCUGUGCUGUGCUGAGCUGCGUACUGAAAUACCUUUUUGUGUCAUAUUGGCACUAUGCAUCUAUUCUUUCUAAGACAUCACUGUGCAGUGUUGUCAAUCAACAUGUCAGGAUAAAAUAUUAAUGGCUGCGUUCUCACCUAUGCUCCCUGAAAAUGGUAGUUGAUCUCAAUUGUCAGAGUUAAGCUUGUUUUUGACAUGGUACUGGGUCUUUGAUCCAGAGUUUCUAUGUUUCUGGACUUAAUAGUGUUUAUUGUGUGUGGAAUAUUGUAUGUGAUUCCUAGUUUCAUAAUUAUAUUUACGUCAUGUUUAAAGUAUGCAUCGGUUAGCAUUCAGAUUUUAGUUACCUUAGAGUUUUUCUGCCCUAGGCUGUGUUUAGUCAGCCUUGUCUUCAUGGUUGUUUAUCUAUUGUCUCAGUGUUUGUUGCCCCCCUUCUGUCUCCUUAGUUGGUCAUGUCCGUGUGUCUGUGGUGUGGUUUUGUUUUUUCUGUGAGUUCCAUAUUUUCUUAGCACAUGACUUCUUGUUUCCUGUUCCUAGUAUCUAGUUUUUUCCUGGUUAGAGUUUUAUUUUUUGUAUUUCCUUUGAGCCUCCAAGUACGGGAAUAAAGCUGCUUUAUGGUUAAUUCUGUCUGUCACCAAGUGCUGCACCUGGGCCCUGCCUUACCUGCCAUAUAGCUGAUUAUGACAGUUUUAUAGUCCCGGAAACUGGAUUCUGUUUGCCUGGAUGAAGCGUUUUCAGUGGAAGAAGCUGAGCUGCAUCUAGAUGAACUGAUUCAAGUCUGUACUUGGAUUGCUACGAGACACAAUUUUAUGAUGGUUGAUAUUCUCAGUUUAGAUUAUUUAAUGUGUUUUUGUGAUAUCAAGCUAACUGGAAGUUAAAACACACCUCCAGUAAAACAGUAAAACUGUUAUAUUUAUUCCACUUUAUUUUACUACAUAGAUUCUGUUCUUUUCAUGCUGAUACAAUAGUUAUGAAAGUUGUUGAAAUAAAAAUAAACAAUUA